CGUAACUUAUUACUACCGUUUAGCUACCAGGUACCUUAGAUACCUUAGACAACAAACAUUCCAUCUUCUUUAGAUUCUUCCUUUUUCCUUUUUCUUUGUCUUGGUGUAAAUAUUCGCACUAUUCGUAGUGCGCCCGAAUAUUGCGACAAUGGCAACAGCUAUUAGCCAAAAUGAGCGCGAGAUACCCAUUCGCGACAAUCCAGAUCUCGAGUCCUUCGAUAUAGUUAGCACCUACGAGAAGCUCCUCGCCGAUGACCCGGAACUCACGAUGCCCGUGGCGGCCAUCGAGGCCUUGAUCGAGGCCCUCAGCCAGUCGUCGGCCAAGACGGUCUUUGAGACUAUGGAUCUCAUCAAGACCCAGUCGGCGAAGCUCCGCGGCGCCGUGCGCAACCCCGUCGCCCUCACCCACGGCACCGACCUCUUCCAGCAGUACCUCGUCCUAUCGCUUAAGCAGCCGGGCCCGGACGGCAAGGAGACUAGCAGUCACGAGAACUUCGAGGUCGUGCGCCAGCACCUCAUGAAGAACGGCCGCCUUUUCGCCCAGCGCGCCAAGCAGGCCCGCGAGCAGAUCGCUACCGUCGGCCGCCCGUACGUCCGCGACGGCUACACCAUAUUGACGCACGGUGGAUCCCGCGUCGUCGGCACGCUGUUGGGGCGCGCGGCGGAGCGCAUCGCGGGAGACGCAAGAAGGAGAUUCAAAGUUAUCCACGUGGUGAACGAGGCCCGUCGGACCGAGAGUCUGAGGGUGGUAGCUGCCCUCAGAGCGAAGGGCGUCCAGGUUGCGACGAUACCCGAGUCGGCGGCCGCGUACACGAUGGGCAAGGUCAAUAUGAUCAUAGUCGGCGCCGAGGCGGUGACGGCCAACGGCGGGGUUAUCUCGCGUAUGGGAACGUACCAGCUCGCCUUAAUAGCCAAGGCUCGCAAGAAGGACUUCUACGUCGCGGCCGAACAGCACAAGUUUGGCAGGACCUUCCCCCUGGACCAGUUCGACCUCGGCUUUGAGCAGGGAAUACUAGACUUCGACGCAAGAGAAGACCAGGAUAAUGGUGGCGAUGGGAAACAUCCGCAGACGAACCCCGACCCCGUAGAUUAUACCCCACCGGAAUUCAUCACAUCGUUCCUUUCGGAUUACGGCGUCCUCACACCAACAGCUGUAGCCAAGCAGAUUAUAGAUCUGUUGUAUUGAGGUUCAGCCAAAGUCGCGGUAUAAACGAUAUUAUACGGACCUGGUUUUGUAACACUUGGCUUCAGAGGCAUGUGCAAUUAUAUAGGGACUAUUACGGCGUUGGCAUUUGGCAGUUAGUUACCUAGGUACCUAGUAUAUGGAGGACGAUGGACUAUUAUUAUUGACGUUGGACGAGAGGGUAGAUAUCAUGCCAUUGCCGUGCACCAAGAGCUUAGGUUAGGUAUAGGUACCUUUAGAUGAUGUGCCCGCGCAUACCAAA